AAUUUUUCUUCUGAAAAAAAAAAAAAAAUCCAAACGAGUAAUGUGAUUAUUGAAGAGGGAAGAAAAGGUUAUGAAGAUAAUUGUCUGUCUGACUGUCUCCAAGCUUCGUAUCUGAUCGAUGGACAUCACAUGGAUUUCAUCUCUGCCUUAGCGCCUUUAUCUUCACAAAUCCCUUAGUAAUCUUCCUGCUAUUUCUCUCUCUAAUCAAGGUACGAUUCCCAAUUUCAUCUUUCUUUUGAUGUGUGUCAAAUUCAGCUACAGAAAUGAUGCAAACUACAUACAGUAGCUCAAUCAUAUCACUAAGAAGAGCCUACGAUUACUGUUAUUACUCAAACGAAAGAUGCCCGUCAACUUAUUGUUCUUGUUGCUGUUCCUUUCCCAUCUAUUCUUGUACUCCUAAAUUAAUAAUACCCACAAACCCUAGUUUUUUAUAUGGGUUAAGACAGUCCUCUUUGAUUCAAUGUCCUUCAAGGAGAUUCACUUUAGGAUCUAGUGAUAGGAAGUACUGCUGCAGGUCAUUGAUUUAUGAUGUGGGUCAUUGUUGUUGUUAUGAAUCAUGCUGUGUUAAGGGAAGAGUUGAUAGACUUAUUACCAAAAGUUGUAAAGAAAGCUGUUGUGUUAAAGAGAAGAGUAUUGAUGUGAAUAGAAUUGUUAAGAGUAGUAGGAUGGGUAAGCCGAACCGGGAUUUUAGAGUUUAUGCAAUUGGAGAUGCUGAAGCUAUGCUCGAUUUGUUGAGUGAGGAAGUUAUUGAGGAACGUGUGAAUGUUAGGGAGAGAAAUAGGAGCUUUACCCAAGAAGGGAAAGGUGUUAGGAAGCAAAAUGUUGUGAUUGAGAAUCUAAGGGAUGUAAAGGGUAAUGUGGAUUGUGGAUAUAGCAGGAAGAGUGAAAUGAAAAGACAUCAAUUGGAGUUGGGAAGGGUUGGGUUUAGGAAUUCAAGUGAUAAGAAGACAAGAGAAAGAGAGAACCUCUAUAGAGGCAAUGAUGUAAGGUUGAGGAAAAUGGAAUCUGGCUCAUCUUGCUGUUCUUUGUUGGAUUCAGGGGACAUUGAUAGUGAUACGGAUGUUGAGAUAAAGCGGGUGCAGCUCGUUGGAGAGUCUUCUACCGCCAAUAAAAAGGAUGGAAGGAAAAGUAGUGGUGUUGUGAUUAGAGAAGAGACUAAACAAAACUGGGAGAGGUAUAGGAAUGAGAAAGAUCAAGAGUUGCGAAGUAGCACGAGAGAUGAUCGAAGAAUUAGUAGCUCUAUUCAGCGAGAUUGUAGAAAUAAGUCUGAGGGAAGUAAAUCGUGGAAUGAAUCUGUUAGUCAGUCUCAGUUAUCCGGGGCUAAAGAAAUAAACUCUAUGAUUGCUUCAAGUUCGAAAAAGCAAUCUAGUUAUGGCAAUGAGAAGUCAACUUCGGAUGUGACAUUGGUUGGACAAUCGAGUUCUCACAAUCAAAUAGACAAAAGAGCUGAUAGAUUCGUGAAAUCUAGCAGUCAGCAUGAACAUUCAACGCACAAUAAUAGAGAAAAUAUUGUAACAACUUCUGAUGCAUGGAGAAGAUUUAGUCAGGAUGAAGAUUCAAAUAUAGCUGAUAAUUUGGUUCAGGAAGCAGGGUGUGACUACUGCAAAACAUGUGGUAGAAGCAUGGAGGAAAGGGAGAGGCGGUUAGAGUUUCAACAGCAUAUGAAGCAAUCAGAGAUGAAUGCUGAUGGUAAGUUGGCCAUAAAUGCAGAAAGUUUGUUGGAGAAUAGCUAUAGGAAGCAGGAAAGGAAUUCAAGUUCACUUCAAAGUUCAAUUGAGGAGGAGAGAAACCAGCUGAACCAAGUUCACGAGGUGACUGAACAAGGCAGUGUAAAGGCAAAAUCCCAAUAUUAUCGAGGAACAGUAUUUAGUGAUGAUCGUCACGAGCAAAGCAAUUUAAGGGUAAUGCGGCAAUCAGAAGCAAUUACGCAAAGUAAGGAGGAGAAGUCAAGAACAUCAGAGAGUCGGUACGAAACGAGACGUAGAGCAGAACCGAAGACUUCAAGCUCAUUUCAUAUUUCAGCCAAGGAUAGUGGGCAGGAUGAUCAAAUAUACCUGAUGACUGGUCAAGUUGAUGCAAGGAGAAGAUCCCAAAAGCACAAUAAGAUUAUGAAAACUGAUGCUAGUUAUCUUCAGAGUACUUCAAACACACAGAAACAAUCUGAAACUGGAUUGAAGCAAUUGGAGGGAAGUACAAUCUCACUUGAUGCAGCUGUGGAAGGAAAAGGACUGCAUGAGGAAUCACUAGGCAAAGUGACUAAGGAUAUUGAAUCGCACAAAGUGUCUCAUACUGAGAUAAGUGAUUCGCGAGUUCAUUCUUCCAAUUUGGAGAUAGAUCGUCAAUCUGUAUUUGAUAAGAAGAUUCACAACGAGCAAACGUAUUCAAAAGUGAAGGUGAAAUCUGUAGAGGAAUCAGUAGAGAAACGCAAGUGGAUUGAUGAAACAAUGGUCCAAUCUACGGUUUGUAUGGAGGCACCAGGGAUUUCUAAAGGACAAGUUUCUCAAUCAGUACCUUUAGUUUCUCAGUUUAGUGAAGAAGAAGCUGAAAGUGGACAGUUUUCAGUUUCACCUCCACCUUACCAUUACUUAGACAGAAGAUCCCAUUCCCAUAAGACGUUGGGCAGUCCUGUGAGAAAUGACAUGGGAGGGGCCAUGGAAAUGGGCUCUGGAACUACACUUGGAAGAAUGUCGUCAUUGUAUGGUGAAAUUGAUGACCGUAGAACCAAGGCCAGUGAAGAGUAUUCUUCAGAGAGCAUGCUAGUUUCUGCUGCACGUAUGCAAGAAUCAUCGAAUUUGAUUGUUGAUGAAUUUUUUGAGAAGUUGAGCCAUGAAGCAUCAACUUCUGAGAUUAGUCCUGAGCAGAAACUACGAAAAACAGAUAUAAAGCAUCAAGGUAAUAUCCCUAUGUUGAAAAGAUCAACUCAAUUGGAUACUGAUAAGACAUUAGAGAAGCAAGGUUCAAACCAUUCGUCUGGCAUUUCUAGUUCUGAUUCAGAGAUGAAAAGGUCCCAGAAGCUUAAUUCAGAGAAUUCAUCCCCACAUUCUGUAACCAAGGGAUCCUCAGAUCAGAUGUGGGAAGUAAAAGAUCACAUUGUUGAAGAAGUGUCGGAAAGGGGAACAUCAGAGGGUGCAACUUCUGAAAGUGUUGUUACUGUUCGGACAGGAAAGUUUUUGUGGAACGUUGUUGCUAAUAUAUGUCGACUUCGAUGGAGUUCACAUUCUGAUUCUGAAAAGCAGAAAUCCCCCGUUAGAGCACAGAGCUCUCCAAGUGGCUCUGCUGGUGAGACAUGGUUUUCUGGAGAUGAUGCAGAGGAAGCAAGUAGCGAAGGCAUGAAAGCCGAGCCGAUUAAUUUGCUGCAGAAAACUACUUCUGAUCCCUCUCCACCGGGGACCUCUGGAAGUCAAAAGGGGGAUGUGGUUGUUAAUGCGAGCUCGUCUUCCUCUUCUAGUCCCUUACAGAUUAGUUCAUUAUCAGGAGGUGUCAUUGUUGGUGAAAGUGCAAACUUGGAUGUUCCACAACAUAUGUCUAUACCAAUCCCUUCUGUAGAUUUGUCAAUAGAUUCUGCUAGGAAAUUGAAAAGAUCAUUUGCUUUUGAAGACGUUGAUGACUCGGAGAAAAAUGAGGAACCCGUUGGCUCUCCUGAGGAACAGAGGGAUUAUGCUGCUGAGGAGAGGCACACUGAUGUUUCUGGUUCUCAGGGAAUUGAUAUUUCUGCUUCUGAGGAAACUGAUGUCGAAUUUAAAAGAAAGAGGCUUCAACGUAGCAAGCUAGUUUUGCAAAGGUUUGAUGAGUGGGAAGAUGCUUAUAAACGUGACCGUGAGCAGAAAAAAGUUGAUGAAAUUUUCAUGAGGGAAGCACUUUCAGAAGCAAUAAAGGCUGCUGAUUCGUGGGAAGUUCCCAUUGGUGCAGUACUGGUUCAAAAUGGGAAAAUUAUUGCUCGUGGGUACAAUCUAGUGGAGGAAUUGAGGGAUUCAACUGCCCAUGCAGAGAUGCUUUGCAUAAGGGAGGCCUCAAAUGUUCUUCGCACGUGGAGGCUGUCGGAAACCACCCUCUAUGUAACGCUGGAACCAUGUCCCAUGUGUGCUGGAGCUAUUCUUCAAGCAAGAAUCAGUACCCUUGUUUGGGGUGCUCCUAAUAAGCUUCUUGGAGCUGAUGGUAGCUGGAUAAGGCUAUUUCCAGAAAGUAUGGAAGGAGAAGAACGCUCGGAUGUGGCAGAUAAGCCAGCCGCUCCUGUACACCCUUUCCACCCUAAGAUGAACAUUCGAAGAGGGAUACUACAAGAAGAAUGCGCUGAUAUAAUGCAGCAAUUCUUCCAACUCAAGAGAAGGAAAGCCAAGGCUGAGACUCCAUCCGAGGAUCCCGCUCAGCCGUCUUGUUUUCCGAAACCUCACCAUCGACCAAAGUUGCUGCAUAAAAUGCAUAAUGUAUUCCAUCCUUCGAAACAGUCCGAUUAAUUUUCACUUGAAUGUAGAUUUGUGAUUUGAUACCAUGGAAAUUUCGGGUUGAGUCAAGUGGUGUGUAUAGCCAUCACAAGUAUAUACUCCUAUGAGUUACCAGUAUUAACUUCUUUUUCGUAUCUUUUAAAGAUUUAUCAACCAUAUUUUGUUGCGCAAAAA